UCUCCAUUUCUUUCCGGUAUCAGUCUUUAAGGAGAUUAGUUGCGUCCUUCUCGUCCUCCAUCAAAAUGACAUCGAAGGUCUCCCGUGACACUCUUUACGAGUGCGUAAAUGCUGUGCUCCAAAAUUCGCAAGAUAAGAAAAGGAACUUCUUGGAAACCAUAGAACUGCAGAUUGGUUUGAAGAAUUAUGAUCCACAGAAGGACAAGCGUUUCUCAGGCACCGUGAAAUUAAAGAAUAUCCCUAGACCAAAAAUGCAAGUAUGUGUUCUUGGUGACCAACAGCACUGUGAUGAAGCUAAGGCUAAUAAUAUUCCAUAUAUGGAUGCAGAGGCGCUGAAGAAACUUAACAAGAAUAAAAAGCUCGUCAAGAAGCUUGCAAAGAAAUAUGAUGCGUUCUUAGCUAGCGAGUCGUUAAUCAAACAAAUUCCUCGUCUUCUCGGUCCUGGUUUAAAUAAAGCCGGUAAAUUUCCUGGACUGUUGUCUCAUCAAGAAUCGAUGGUCGGCAAAAUUGAUGAAGUCAAGGCCACCAUUAAAUUCCAAAUGAAAAAGGUGUUGUGUCUGUCAGUAGCAGUUGGACACGUUGAAAUGACACCUGAAGAGUUGGUGCAAAAUGUCCAUCUCUCAAUAAACUUCCUUGUUUCUUUGUUAAAGAAACACUGGCAGAACGUGCGUUCGCUUCACAUUAAGUCUACUAUGGGACCACCACAGAGACUGUACUAAGUUACACUUGGUACGACUCAUUUCAAAUGUAUUAUUCAUUGCAAUAAAACUGAAAAAUAAUUCAAAUUGAUAAA